AUGAAUCCUAAAUGCUUCUUUUGUUCUGGGUACUGUGUGGCAUUCAUUCUUCUACAAGUGAAAAUUUCAACUUCAGAAAAAUGGACAGUGAUCACUUCCACUGGACAUUUGGUGGCCACAGUAGGAGGGCAGGCUGAGCUCAGUUGCCAGUUGUCCCCAUCACAAAGUGCAGAGAACUUGGAGGUACAAUGGUUAAAGGGUAAAAGUUCCAAGCUUGUUUACCUUUUUAGAGGUGGCCAUGAGGUGAAUGAAGACAUUGCCAGAGAAUAUGUAAAUCGCACAGAAUUUGUGAAAACAGCCAUUGGGAAGGGAAAACUGACUCUAAGACUUCAUAAUAUCAGUGUUUCUGAUGAUGGGACUUAUCAGUGUUUAUUUAAAGGUGAAAACUUCAGUGAUGUGGCCAGCAUAAACCUGAGUGUAGCAGCAUUAGGCUUGAAGACACAGGUUCAUGUUCAGGCUUCUAACAUUAAAGGACUUGUGGUGGAGUGUAACUCAGGAGGAUGGUUUCCAGAGCCCCAGAUGGAGUGGAGAAACAGCAAGGGAGAGGUCAUUCCACACUUGUCAAAAUCCUAUUCACAGGAUGAAGCCAAAUUAUUCCACAUGGAGAUGACUCUUUUCCUGCCUAUUCAGCACCGGAGCAACGUAACUUGCUACAUUUUCAAUUCUUUAUUAGGCAAAGGAAGGCAUACAAAUAUCACCUUAACAGGCUCCCUCCCUGGCGUCGCCACAGUCACUGUGUGCGAGUACCAUAUCCAGGCCUGUGUGCCCCCCGUCACCGUCACCGAGGCAGCAGAGGAAAGGCGCUGA